AUGGACCCAAAUGAGCCGCUAGUCUACGCACACUUCUACAAACUAUCUGAAGACCCCGGUCCGCAAACGUCCCUCGACCUCGCAGGGUCAUGCGAGCCUCAGUCUCUCAUUAUGCCUGAGGGCCUCGCGCCCGUAAAUGCCGAAGAACGCUUGAAAAAAGUCGAUCGUCUCUUCCACGUUGGGAUCAUGACGGAGCGCUUGCUUGCCAACGAAGAAGAUGCGGCUGCCCUGAAAAAUUAUGCGCUGCUCAAACGUGUCACUGGGAAUGUUUGGCGUGGGCUGCUACCUACCUUGAAAACCUCUGAUUUGGUUCCUGUGCCUGUUUUACAUGCUAAUGGGGAUGAGAGAAGAGACGCACAGAAUCCUACUGCGGUGCAGCCUCAGUCUGAUGCUGGUCCGUCUGAGUCUGCUGCGUCAUCUUUUCCUGGCGUUCCGGGACAAUGUGCCGCUGAUCCAACUAUUUCUGUCGAACCAUCUGCGCCUGUCUCUACAGACCCUGGUGCUUCCGAACUCGAUGAACUGACCUAUUUAUCCGAGGCAAUUUUGGCUGGUCGUGUGGAUUUCUUCCAAUCGAGUCCUUCGCCGGCUGCAAACAGCCCUAUCACUCAUGUCACUGUUCCUAGUGGGCCUGAUGUGCCUACUGUUCCUUCUUCCUUGCGUGAAGUGUUUGAUCAAUACAAUUCCUCGCCGGCUUCCAAUGCGGAUCAACAACCUCAGUCUUCUGGCAAUGUCAUCACGGAAGAGAUUUUGCUCCCAGAGAAUGUCAACUGCUCCGGUGUGAGCGUGUCGAGUGACAACGGCCCUGGGUUUCAGGACAACGUGUCUGGCAGUGAGUUCAAGGAGAUUCCAUCUUUCUCGGACAUUGUUAGUGAGGAGGGUUUGGCCUUGCAGUCGAGCUUGCAGAGCGCCCAGAACACCACGCAGAGCGGAAACAGCCUCUUUGAUGAAGCCACAAUUGAAAAUCUUAUUUCCGAGGAAGUUAGUUCAGAUUUUUACCUUCAGUCAAUCUCCAGUGUCUUUACUCCCGAUCUGACCAAGUCAAAAGCUCACUCAACUGGAACCUCAGUUGAAAACCUCUCCCAAGAAGUGAAACUAGUCGAAGAUGUUAAGCAAGAAGAAAAGGAUUGUUCAAAUCCUCGGUUUGAUACAGUCAGAAUUGGUGAAGGAAGGGAAUUUGUGGCUAAGUCAGAAGGGAAAAUCAACCAAAUCAAGUCUGAUCCAUCAAAUGUUGUGUGUUCGACUCCGACCCUUCAAGCAGGUGACCAGAUACUGUCAUAUGUGGCAAUUUUGCCAAUGGAUGCAACAAAAAGCAAUGUAAUGCCGAACUCUCCUCGUGGGCAAAUCUCGGAAACGGUUGAACAGCAUGUCCUCUCGGUCGAUGAGAAAUGGCAACUUUGCGCUGCCAAAGAGAGAGAAUUUUGCCAGAGAGUUGAGGAUGUCUGUCCUGUUGCCCGAAUGAGACAGCAACUGAUCGAGUUUCAAGAGGCCACUUGUUCCGUAAAUCUCACCAUGGCAUCAGCCACCUCCGAUGGAGCUUUCACCGGUCUUGGAUCUUUGUCCGUGUUUAUGCAAACCAGGGGAACCAAUGAAAAAGCUGGCAGUUCGUCGCAGAGUCUGAACAUGUCCAUAUUAGCAAGUGGUUCGGGUGGACCAAGUGGCUCUGAGGGAGAUUCAAACGUUCCUCCUACUCCUCCGACACCCAAACCUGCUUUGGGCCUUGUAAUGAGAGUGACUCAGGCGGCAUUCGACCCACCACAUAUCAUUUUCUUGUCUCAUAGUCUUCACAGAUCACACGCACAGUUUAUCCAGUUCAUAGAAGGUUGGAGGAGACCCCCACUGAGGUUGAUAUAUCGGGAAUAUUAUCAACCCUUUGCAGAAAUUAUUUGCCCCUUUGAAGCUGACAUUAUUGUGGCACCCGAAACAGGAGUGAUAUUGGCGACACCGUUUGCGCUAACCCAGCGGUAUCCACCAGGACAUAGGCCAACAGAAACCGUUGAUGGUGUGGUAUCCCCGCUCAGAGAGCAGAUAUGGCGACUAGCGACGCGUUACGAGAACUUAUACGUCCUCAUCUGUGAACCAAAUGGCAGUGCAGCCUCCGCCAGUACUGCAAGACAUCAUCUCUUGAACGAGCUGCCUGCGCUCUAUGCUUUCUGUCAGACACUCAUCAAUAUGGUUUCGAUAACACUUGCACCCAUCAAAGACCAUCCAGCAACCAUCAUGAUGUGGUGCUUCGGUCUGGGGAGAAUCUAUCUUUCAUCUCAUUCGUUGCAGUUCUCUGUAUUUGCACCACAAGAAACAGAAUCGGAGAGGAUACUCCGCAGUCGUGGUCUGAAUCCGUUUGCUGCCCGUGUCAUCCUGGAUGAUAUUCAGAGGUCUAGGAUCUACCCCAGCCAUCAGAAUUCUUGGCUUAGCAGCUCUGGAGAUGAAAUGGGGGCUCUUGAUAGUCUUUUGACUGAACUGAAACGUUCCGAAACAAAGCAAAGAUAUCGGCCUCUGAUUGGAGCGAGGGUAUUUGACAGAUUCCGUGGGAGGAUUGAAUGA